AUCUUGAUAUGGCUUCUUGCUGCCUUCCAUCCACAAUGCAUUCACUUCCAAACUUGAGCAUUGCCCGACCAUGCAGCCAAACUCCCACAGUCUUCUUACCAUGUUCUCCAAAGACAAACAUACACAAUUCUAAGACGAAGCUUAGUAGACCUUUUGUGCCAAAUGCAAGCUCAAACAUGCCUUCUUGGGACUCAGGAGGAAUCGAUAUCCGCAACAUCGAAAGGGCCAUCAAACUGCACUCAGCUAUUUCAAAUAAGAGCUUUAAGGAAUUAAUCCAGGUAGUUACUGACGAAUGGCACUACUAUUGCGGUUCUUUGUCUCUUGAACCACGAGAGGCCUGCAAGAAAGUGAUCCAGAUGUUGUUCGCUUUCAUAGUCGCCAACAAAGUAAUCAUUUUCAUCCAACCAACUGAGGAUUAUGGAGUUAAUGUUGGCAUAAAAUGGGCUACAACUUUCGACAAGGAUAAGUUGCCCUUGGGCCUUAACUGUACCAUCUCUACUUCUCAUCUGUGUCAAGGGUCCGUAUAUUUAAGGGAUGGUAUGGGCAUCAUUGGUUCAUUUAUCCAAAUGCCAUUUGCGCAGAAGUUGGAGGGAAUUCUUGUGCCCAUUAUUGAUAAGCUUGUGCCCAAAGGCGUCCUUCAGGAAAAGACAAGGGUUACUCUAGUCUAUUCCUUGCUUAGUCUUUCGGUCAUGCUAGUAUCUACUAUCCUCUUUAAGAACAUAACCUUCUAGUGUACCAUCUUGUUAGAUAUAAUUGCAGUAUUUUCUGUAAUCUUCUUCAUAUAGGAUUUGAACCAUUACGGAAGUACUUUCAUUUGGAUUUGCAUUCUAGCUCAUUCUUUAUAUUAUGUAUA